CCAGGCGAGCAGAAGGCCGAAGCGCCGGCCGCGCCCGUGGCGCCUCCGCGGCAGCCGGGCCCGGCCGCGCUGACGAAGCUGCGCCACCUUGGGGCCCUCGUGGUUGCCGAGCUGCGGCACUACUACCACGGCUUCCGCCUGCUCGGCAUCGACACGCGCGUCGCCGCACGCAUGGUCUGGCAGAUCCUGCACGGCAACCAGCUCAACCGCAGGGAGCGCCGGCAGCUGCUGCGGACGUGUGCAGACCUCUUCCGCUUGCUGCCCUUCCUCGUGUUCAUCAUCGUGCCCUUCAUGGAGUUCCUGCUACCCGUCUUCCUCAAGCUCUUCCCCAACAUGCUGCCCUCCACGUUCGAGACCUUCUCCAAGAAGGAGGAGCGUCUGCAGCAGCAGCUGCGGGUGAAACUGGAGAUGGCGCGGUUCCUGCAGGACACAGUCGGGGAGAUCGCCCUGCGCAACAAGGCCACCUCCUCCACCCAAGAGUUCUCCUCGUUCUUCCAGCAGGUGCGUAGCACGGGUGCGCGCCCCAGCAACGCGGAGUUGGUUCACUUCUCACAGCUCUUUGAGGACGAGCUGACGCUGGACAGCCUGACGCGGCCCCAGCUCGCCGCGCUCUGCCGCCUCCUCGAGCUCAGGCCGAUGGGCACCAACAACUUCCUGCGCUUCGAGCUGCGAAUGAAGCUGCGCGCGGUCAAGGCUGACGACAGGAUGAUCGCGCAGGAGGGAGUGGAGACCAUGACUGUGGCCGAGCUCCAGGCCGCGUGCCGCACGCGCGGCAUGAGGGCCCUGGGCGUCACCGAGCAGAGACUACGGGAACAGCUCAAGCAGUGGCUGGAGCUGCACCUCAACGAUCAGAUCCCAUCUUCUCUGCUGCUCUUGUCACGCGCCAUGUACCUGCCAGACACGCCAAGUGAGCUGCCCUGGGGCAUCGCGCCUGCCGCCACCCCCAUCCCUGGCAUUGCGGGAGGCCAGGGGGCCAUGCUGUCAGCCUCCCAGCCCGGGCCGGAGGGGUCGCCGAGCCCAUGCGCCACACCACCCGACCCGGCCGACCCGGCUGACCCGGUCACCCUACACACAGAGGAGCUACAAGAUGCCAAUCCGCAGGGCAAGGGCAGCCCGUGCUCUGCGCUCCAGACGAUGCAACCGGACGCAGAAAAAGGGGAUGUGGAGGUGCCACAGCAGGCCAAACCCACACACAAGGUGGAGCAGAACGGAUCGUAGUCACCUGGCCCGAGUUCAACCCCAGCUUUACUCGGACUCAUCACAUCAACUGCGACUUCUCUCCAUGCAGCGCCACACACUCACUCCACCCCCAGGUCUACCCCCCAGGCCCACUUCCAGCUCCACUCCCAGCUCCACUCCACCCUCUCCAUGAACUCAAACAUUUCCGUCCUGUUUCACUUGCUCAGCCGCACAAUCUCCUCCCCUCCCGCUGCCCACCCUCGUUAUUGCUAUUUAUGCUGCCAUGAAGGCACUUGUAGUAUCUGAAUGUCGACUGUAGAGUACUUAAGAAAUUUCCUCAAGCUAUGGACUUUAUCCUAAGUCACCCUACUCCAAUCAGCAUGUGUGUAGAUUCAUCAGCUGCUGCUGCAGCGUUUCUCUCGUCAUUUGUGGAGUUCUAACACGGUCAAGCCGACACCAAGGCUGGGGCCGCUUGUGAUUGGGUCCAGAGUUGGAGCAAGUGCAGCUCGGACAGCAGCUAGUGUGGAGUCACAGCAGCUGCUGCUGCUGCUGCAGAGUCACUGCAGCUGCGCUCAUGUACGGUUGGGGUGCAGGGACAAAGACGCGAGCGUCUCGCGCCCUGGGCGUGUGCUGGGUCAGCCUGGGUGGGGCAGGUGCUGGUGCCCUCCUUGGGAGCUUGGCUUCCUCCUGUCGACCGAGGCAUCGCGCUGAUGAGCAGAGCCAGCUCAGCACAUGUCACCCGCGUCGAGCGGUCAGUGGAAGGGUGGUCUGGACAAUCCUUGCUUGACAAAUGGUCAAAUCGCCGCUAUUUGCUGCAGAUUUGAAUUUUUUUAUUGUGGAACUUGCAUUUUUGCUAACAAGAAUUCGAGGCCGACCUCCUGCAGAGUUCUUAGAUGGCAUAAAAAAAAUCUGGGAUCUUUCUUUAAAUAAUACAAAAAAACUCAAGCAAGUCGGGGUGGAAAUAGAUAUGGCAGCUAUUUGGAAAAUAUUUAACAGUUUUAUUUAAAUGAGAAUUUCUUUAAAUACUAAAAAAACUUUCUUUUAUCAGGUAAGGUGCACUGAGCUAUCUGUCUUCAGAUGCGACCUGGCCACAAAUGAUAAGUCAACGAAGUGGUUUAUGUGGAAAUUUAUAGCAGCCAAAUACUGUAAAUGCGUGUUUCUCAAUGUGGAGGGAAAAACCAGAGGACCUGGAGAAAAACACGCAAACUUCAAAUAUACAGUCGUCAGGGUCGGUAUCAAACCCACAACCUCCUGCAUACCAGGCGAGAGAGUUAACAUCUCGCCACCAUGGCGCCCCAUAAAAUACAUUAGGUAAACGUAGAGAGCAAGGCGCUGUACGUAGCCAACCGUUCGAAUCGGAGGUGCGGGAAAGGGCGAUGGCACGGACGAGAGGAGUCUGGGAGUGCAUCCAGGCCGGACUAGGCCUGUGCCACAGGUCUUUCUCCCUCCCACGCGCCGUGCACUCCGGAACUCCAGUUUGGCCGGUAACCCACCGCCCCGGCUAUCGCGUGAACGCGGUUUACUUGCACAGGCCGUCAUCAGGACUGGCUCUCCUGGGAAUUUCAAUUAAUUCAAAGUUACCGUCUGGUGGUGGACACAGCUCUGACGAAGCCACUGCCAUCAUAUCCCACGUGUUAAAUAGAAAUAACCUGCGUGUUGACACCUGAACCUGCGAAAGCCGAGGGUGAGUGUGCCGGAGGCUUGAGGCACCCCGGGCUGCACCGGUGGCAUUUAUGAUGCUGCUCGCGUUCACACGCGCGCUCUCUAUGUAUGAAUGUUGUGUAGGCUUAAUGUAAGAGUGUUUACGUGUACAUAUGUAUACUAAUAUUUACUGCAAAAUGUGACGACUAAUCAAAGCUUUGAGUAUAGAUUCGACUAUAUUUGGGUUUGGAUUAUGAAUGUUGGAGCACAUUCAGAUUCAUGUUGGAUUACACUAGUCAAUUCCUGGUCAAUCCCAAUAGCACAACUUGUAUCCAGGAGUUGAAUUUGACGUUUGCAUCGUAUUGCUCGAUACGCACGACCAAGGCCAUGUGAGGUGUGGAAGAACACAUCCUAGACAGCGCAUGGCAGCAUCCACCCCUGGCACGGUACCCCAAGCUCCCUUGCCCCCACCUUCGACUGUGAGAAGCCGGUGAAUACGCACUUGGCCUCUUCCACCCAGCAGAGAAUCUGACAGACACGACUGACCAAAGGGAAAUUGUGACAUUCUCAAAAUGCAGCACUUUAUUGCACCCUCUAUGGUACAGGUAUCUGAGCCCCGUGUCCUGGAGUAGUCGCUGAUUAGACAGACGUCUUGUUUUAUUGGUCCAGCCUGCAGGUGAUCAUCUCAGGGUGCUAUAUUAUGAGCCAGAGGCGAUCGCUGAAGUGAAAUGUAUUUUUUUUUUAGCAUCGCACCAGGGAGAGUUGAGACUCCUCAUUGCGUAACACAGGGUUACCCUGCCCUGCGCUUAGACACUUCACUGCCACCAUAACCAUAUCAUAAAGAAGAUUUUAUUCUCGGCAAAUCAUUGUGUUCCACGAAGAACACAUUUGCGAUUUUCCUUGCUGCUACAGACAGGAGGACUUGCAGAUGAGGUCAGUUUCUAUUUUAUGCAGUACAUGUGUAGUGAGAACACAUGUGUAGUGCGUCCAACUGAGUCGCAGACAUUGUCUUGGGAGCAACACUUUAUUUCACCAACUCAACAUAACACAACCUACACUCGGGUGUUGAAUGCCCAUCUAGCCACGCUUUGGCAGAACUAGACACGGUUCGCUAUCUCGGCCCGGACCACGAGCUGGGUCCCGGACAGCGUGGCUCGAGGCUUCUUCAACCCGACGUAGAUCUUCAUCACCAGCAACAUGAAGAACCCCGAGCCCCUCACGGGGCCCCCGUGAUGUCGGCCUGGGCUGGGGCCGGCUCCGCCCCUCGCCCCGCCCACCUUCUAGAUCUCUCGAGCUCUUUCCCGAAGGCUCUCGAGAGCUCUUAGACCACGUGACCGCCCAGCGGCUCCCGUCCACCGGUGGCCCCCCUCCAAUAUCAUCCGGUCGCGUGUCGGCAGGUCAACCAGCGUAUCAUUCCCCAACGUAACCCUGCCUGGCUGACUCCCUCACUGGGAGCCCGCACCGCACACUGUGCGUGGUGCCUCUGUGCUAACCAGCGCUCACCCAAGCCCCGCUAGGGCUGGUGGUACGAUGCCCAGUAAGCGGGCUUACACAUAAUUCCAACACAUUAUUUGCUGUGGCUUGGUAAGCCCGGCACCACACAGUGACAAUCACAGUCACUACACAUGUGUUAACAAAUAUACGUUUCUAUUAAAAUGUCAGCUUACAGGGAUCUCUUAAUGGUAUAAACUAGUUUUGCAUGUGUAACAAAGUGUGUUAUUAACAUUGAUUGGGACAUGGGAAUGCGGGAAAGUCCCAUGGAGGCUCUCCAGGCUGUUGUAAGGUUUUCCGCACAAUGUGGCACUGAAAUUGGUGCCAUGAGCUGUCGAUGUUAUUUUCUACAUCUUAAUUCCUUUUUAUUAUGCUCACCUCUGUUCACUUGUAGUACUGUAUUAAAUUUCAUACUUGUGCAACCCAGUAAAACUGAAUAUCCAUUUAUUAAAGUACAUUGUC